AUGGCUCAAAAAGCUUUCUGGACUUCGGCAAAGCGAGUCCACAAAUCCCAAACUUUCAAAAAUUCUCAAUGGAGCGAAUUUGCUAAAUUUCGUUUUUUUGCAGUCGGUGGAGUAGCUACCGAACGACGUUUGCCAUCACAACAAACGCAACACCAACAAUUCCAUCAUCACCAUCAGCCGCCGUUCUAUCAACAGCACCAGCAUUCCAAUUUUCUCUCCAACGCAACAAUUAUUGACGAGAGCCAGUUUCCAUCGCUGGGCGCGAAAGGAACGUCUUCACUCGGUGGCGGAUUCUCACCGAUUCCAACAACGAGCGGAGGUGUUUUGAACGUCGCCCAGUCGUCGCCGUCCCGUCAGGACUACCGAACCAACUAUGCUAACCUGAUGAGAUCGGACCCCACUCUAACAAAUUCCGAGUUCCAAAUACAGAACGAGGAUUUUCCUGCGCUUCCCGGCGUCGGCGGUGCUGGUCAAUCACAACGACCAAUGCUCGGAGAUCAACUCGCCAACAUGCUUCCCGACGAUCAUCGAGUCGACUUCGCUGGCCCACUGGGCGAUUGUGAUCCCUCGAGGAUUGGCGGAAUUCCACGUGGCAGUCAAGAAGGCCCCCUUCAUGGCAUCGUAACGCAUCCCGAUGGCGAAGUGACGAACAUUCCCGCCUCAAUGCUCGACGAUCAGUUUGGAAUGGCCGGGCUGGUGACGUACCUUCGAACAGUCGACAAUCCAUCGAUAGUCUCGCUGGCGUUAGGUUAUGAUCUGACGACGCUGGGACUGAGUUUGAAUACGCAAGACCGAAAACUGCACAGAAGCUUUGGCGGACCAUGGGCGGAUUCGCCGAUUCGAGCGCACGAGCUGGACGUAAAAGUGCCCGACGAGUAUUUGACGCACAAUCACAUCAGAGACAAACUGCCGCCGUUGAGACUGAACAAAGUGUCCGAAGACGUGUUAUUCUAUCUUUUCUAUAAUUGUCCGAACGAGAUUUAUCAGGUUGCUGCUGCGUGUGAAUUAUACCACCGCGAAUGGCGAUUUCACAAGAGCGAACAAGUCUGGCUGACGCGUAGCCAAUACGGCGGCGUUCGAGAACAAACGGGCACCUACGAGAAGGGACACUACAACGUUUUCGAUCAAAUGCAGUGGCGAAAAAUUCCGAAAGAGCUGAAAUUGGAGUACAAAGAGUUGGAGGAGAAGCCGAAGCUGCCGCAAGCCGUAGCCGGAAACGGACAGCAGCAACAACCGCCACACUUUAAAUACUACUUCCAAGGACCACAAUUCCCAUCGGGACCCGAGACGGGUCUAAUGCUUCAAAUGCACAAUUUGGGACUCAGCAGUCAGGGACAGAUUCCAUCGCCAACGCCAGCAAUGAAUGGAGUUAUGGGAGGUGUUCCGGGUGGGAAUGGAGGCGCGCCGGGACCCGGACCAAUGCAAAUGCAACAAGGACCGCCUGGAGGAGCAGCAGCGAGAGCAACGCCUAAUUAG